AUGCAUGUGCAUUUUGAACAAAACACCUGCACGCGCACCGACUCCAACUUCUUGUCUCUGUCCUGGAUGGGAAAGGUGCCGGAGGACCUGCCGGAGGAGGGCAGUGGGUGGAAGUUGAACCGGGCACAGUACUAUGUGGAAGGCUGGUUAGCUAGUGGCAAUGCUCGUGGGAUUGUGGGAGUUACCUUCAGCACCAGUCACUGUCACUCUUAUGAUGCUCCGCCCAGGUCAAAUUUCAACCUUCGUGGCCAUCGGAGUGAGGUAAUCCUGGUUCGCUGGAAUGAACCAUAUCAGAAACUGGCCACAUGUGACAGCAGGGGUGUCAUCUUUGUGUGGAUAAAGCAUGAGGGGAGAUGGUCCAUUGAGCUUAUCAAUGACAGGAACAGCCAGGUGACUGACUUUGCCUGGUCCCACGAUGGACGCAUGGCUUUAAUCUGCUACAGGGACGGCUUUAUUCUGGUAGGCAGCGUGGCUGGACAGAGGUACUGGUCAUCUAUGCUGAAUCUGGACAAUACAAAUGUCACUUGUGGGGUCUGGUCACCGGAUGAUCAACAGGUGAUGUUUGGGACUGUAGAUGGCCAGAUAAUUGUCAUGAGCUCGGCGGGAGCUCUGGUGACCCAAGUAGCUGUCCAUGAAGGUUUUGAGAUCACCAGCAUGGCCUGGUCUUGUGAGAAAUUUAAUAUGGAAGAGGCGGAUGCUGGCAAAGAAGGAGCUGAACAGGCAGCUAAAGACGAUUCUACCAAGUCGUACAUCCUAGCUGUAUGUUUCAAGUACGGCGACAUCUUUCUGAUGUCUGGCUACGAUGAUGUGUGUCCGGUGAUGAUCUACACAACACUGACAGGUGUAAAAAUUGAUUGGUCAAACUGUGGGGAGUACUUGGCUGUUGGCGGGUUUGUCCGCCUCCCAAAUCUGCAGUGUCGCAAUGAGUUGCACCUCUACUCCAAGGAUGGAAGUUUGAUACGCUGGGUCAGUGUGCCUUCUCAGGGUAAACCUCUAACAGCCAUGACGUGGGGUCACAAUGAUAACUCUAGCUGGCUGACUGGCUAUCCUCUACGUCUGCGAGAGUUUGUUUGUAGCCCGCCCCCUGGUGGUGAGCGAUUAUUCUGCACAAUGAUUCGCCACGGUGAGGAGACUUCGGGCGGACAUUAUACCUUGUACCUAGAAUAUCUCGGGGGACUGAUACCUCUUCUAAAAGGCAAGCGGGCCAGCAAACUCCGCCCGGACUUUAUCAUCUAUGACCCAAAGAUCAAGUCUUUAGGCAAAGUGGAGCAAGGGCAGGCGGGCGCGGCUAUAGAGAGUGAUGCCAGCUCUGAGUCAGAUGCAGAUAUCUACACUGAUGGUUGUGGGUCCCCCCGCAUGCAGCGACGGCGCAGACAUAAAGUUUUCAGGGCAGAAAAGGUGGACCGGAGUAUGACUUUUCGGACACUGGACGAACUCAUGUUUGAUGAUAAUUUGCCUGAGACAAACAGACUAGUGGAGGUGACAUCAAACAUCUGGGGUACCAAGUUCCAGAUUACAGGAGUGGCCUCCACCUUACCUGCGUGUCUGGGUCAGGUGGUCUACAAAACUUCCCUGCUCCACCUGCAGCCCAGGCAGAUGACCAUCACCAUUGUGGAGAUACAGCCAGCGAGGCCAGUGUUGUCCAGGGAUCCAAACUUUACGCCAGCUCCUCAUACUAGCGAUGAUGGCGACGAGUUUUGGACCAGUGAAGGGGAUCUGACAGGUGAGAAAAAGACAGUUGAGGUCACAGUUCAUGAUGCCCCAUCUCUUCCAGCUGAUGAUCCCAGUUACAGGGUUGAAGGUUCUGCAGCAGAUGCUGGCCGCAGGUCAGCCAGUAUGGAGUCCCCUCUCACAGAGCUGUGUGAGACCACAAAUGAAGAGCCUGGCUACCUGAGUGGCAAGCACGGAUCCACAGGAACUGUCCGCUCCCGCUCAAUGUCUCCUGUCUGCAACUCUCUCACCCAACCUGCCUCAGCCCUGAAACAAGACAGUAUCGGCAGUGACACACGCCAGCAUGCUGUCAGUACUAGAGUUGGACAAGGGGCUCGACCCAAGGCUGAACCAGGCAAACAACAUACCACAUCUGGGGUCAUCAGCGAAAGCAGCAGAAACAUAAUUCCGAACAGCAGCCCAAGGCUGCACAGGACAAGCAGUAACAAGAACGCAGCAUUACCCAGAACCAAUCAUUGUAACAGUCAUUCCAACUUCCAGUAUGCAAAUACCGUCGGGGUCGUGACCCAUGCCGUCACCACAAACCGGAUCAUAUCCAUCCCGUCCAGUCCUCCCGUGACGGUAGGCAGUAAGAAACAAGACACAGCAUUUAAGUGGGUGGAUGCUGGCAGUGGCUUGGAGAAGGGAACAAAAGGAACUAUAAGUGUUGAGGGUGCGUGGAAGAGUGAGGAUCCUAUUGCUUCCACUUUGUUUAAAGACCAUACAGCAUUAUCGCAGCUGUGUACGGGCAGCUGUGCCACCAGUGUAGGCAGUGGGACCAUUCCAUUAGUGGUGGAUACUGUCAAGGGUGAGGGACCGAGAUGGGCAGAUCCCGCAUCUCCAGUCACUAAGCUUAUAGAAGAUGGGGUUACAGAUUUUUCCUCUACGUCCGUGGAGAACAACCUGGUGGCGGACUGUAGUCCUACUGCACCCAACUCCUUGGAUUUGCAUAGAAGGUUAUACCUGGCACAGCAGCAUUUUGUGGAUACAGGGACACCCAUCUCACCAAGUAACUGCCCGUCAUGCCUGCCGAUCCAGACUGCUUCAGGUCUAGAAAUGGCUUCUAAUCCUUUUUGUGUGAGCUCAUUGCCACACUUUACUAAUCAGAUUGCUCACAGCAACACAGCUGCAAAUUCUAGCGGCUUCCGAGAAAGUGCAUCCCCUGUGUCCAGGGCGGCGCAUGAUAUGAGGCUGUCUCAUGUUGGCAGUUCUGCGGAGUGUGAGACAUCUUCAGAACCUCAUCAAGAAGCAUCAUCAGUAUUAGCACAGAGGCAAGUCUUGCAUCAUGACCCACCUCAUGGCCUGAUGGCGGUCUGCAGCAACUGUCUCUCUCAGCAGACCACAAGAUCCUCUGGGGGUGAUUCCUGUCUGCACUCUGUCACAGGAGAUUCAUUUCCUUCUAUUCAAGCCUUGCCACAGUCAGAUGCUGGACUAAACGCAUCAGACCCCAAACACUCGUCCCAUCAUCAGUGUCAAAAGUCUGACCAUCAGAAGCGAACUCCACCAUCCGACCGAGAUGUGUCUUUCCACUUUGUACGGCAGACAGAAGCAAUAGAAACUCACCCAUUCCUUCGGCAGACGUUUACUUCUGCAGAUCAUUCACAUCCCCCAUCUUCACGACUGCCAAAGGAUCUUUCAUCUUUUGACAAACUGAAUCUUAUCCUCUCAGAGGACCCUUCUGUACAGAACUCAGUUCACAACUUCAGGUCCAUGCCUGGCUUUGUCAUGAAAAAUCCAGACCUUAGAGAUGAUGAAGAGGAGGCAGAGUCUUCAUCGUCAGAAAGAGACAUUUCUGAGAAUUCUGAUGAGCAGCCAACAACUGUGCACCUUGCACGCAACGACACCUUGCUGAGCAACCACCUCCAUGACAAUGAAAUCCAGCAGACUAGUGCCUCUUUGCCAUCUUCCCCCAUACGUUUUGGAGCCAAGCAUGCCCCAAACACCCACACUCUUCAUGAGGAGAUACUCAAAGGCAGAUGCAAACAUUUAAGUCCCUUGCUAGGACGCAAGGGUCGUGAUUCUUUCCCGCCUCCUCCUGACUUUUUUGGAGUAGAUGAUCAUGGGUUGAACAAGUAUGAAUCUUUGGAAGUGUUCCAGAAAUCUCAGCUCAAGCAGAAGACGAGGCACCGACUGUAUGACCCCUGCUCACGAAUGGAGCAGACUCAAACUUUCACCAUGCACAACAAAGCUCCGCUGUGGAAUGAGACCAGCCAGGUUUACCAGCUAGACUUUGGUGGACGGGUGACACAGGAGUCUGCCAAGAACUUCCAGAUUGAGCUCCGAGGAAAACAGGUGAUGCAGUUUGGCCGCAUCGACAACAACGCCUACACGCUGGACUUUCAGUACCCGUUCACAGCCGUGCAAGCAUUUGCUGUGGCUCUAGCCAACGUCACACAAAGGCUAAAGUAG